AUGGAUGAAAAACAUUUUAUACAAACAUUCGAAAAUAUUAAUGAAGAUAGUAUCCCAUCACCAUUAAUUAAGCAUUCAAGUGAAUGCAAAAAUUACAACCAUAAAAAAAAUAAAAAUAUUGAUGGAUUUAUUUUAGAAAGUUCUCAUAAAACAAAUGGAAUGAAGAAAGAUGAGGAUAAAAAAUAUUUUUGUAUAAAUAUUAAUAAAUUCAAUGGAAAAUGUUAUCAUAAAAAAAUUUCUAUCAUUGAUCAAACUCAUUUACAUUUAACAUUGGGUGAAUCACUAAUAUACAUUCUUAAUAUUUAUUUGCAAAAAAAAAUUAUAAGUAAAUGUUUAUAUAAUAGAAUUCUUUAUUCAUUUCAACUUGCAAUAAUAGAGAUUUUAAGUGAAGUAAAAGAAUCUAAAGAAAAUAAAUGGAAUAUUAAAGGAAAAUUAAUAAACUCAAAAAAAGAAAACAAUACACAAUUAUUUUACUUAGAAAAUGCUUUUCUAUCUCUUAAAAAUAUUAUUUUACAUGUUCCUUUAUUAAAAAUUAAAUCUAUAGAUAUAUGA